AUGGCACCGAGUAUGAGACCCAGAUUGACGCCCAAGGCGUCGCGCAAGCCCAAGACGCGGGGACGUAUCACGCGCGGCCGCAUCAUUCCCGCGACGCGCAUCAGUGCUCGCACACACGUUUGGAACGGCCUCGCGGAACAUAUUGCGGCAGUGGAUGCGCGCGCGGCCAUCGGGACCAUGGGACGAGGGUGUGGCAGCCCAUCGACCACACCACAGCCACCCACGCCAACGGACCUCCCCGACGACAUGGGGAUCUUUCUCGCAUCGUCAACGGACGACAUCUUACCUACCGAGUUCCGCGUACCGAGAUGGGACUGUAUAGACUUUGGCGCGCUUAGACGCGCGUUUAACAAGAAGUUCCAUAUUAAGGGGACGAGCACGCUGCAUCUAGGAAAAGAGCAACUGAAGCAGUCGAAGAAGUGGACGGCUGCCGACGUCGGGCUCAAGGAGGGCGACACGAUCGAUGUUCAGUUCUGGACUCGAUGA